UCACCACCUUCCAUUCCAUUCAAGUGCCACCCUUACGCCAACAUUCCCAUGUCAUAUAUUCUUGCGGCAAAACCAAGCUCUCUUCCUUUUGUCUUUGCCCAAUGAGAGCUCGAUUUGAUUCUCUUUCAUCUACAUUUUUUAAUUGAUUAAUUAAUGAGCAAGUUCGAGAACAAACUCUCGUCAGUCAUCCGUACAAAAUAGGAAAAACACUCUGAGCCUCUCCCUCUUGGCUCCUUCCUCGCUCCUUCGCGCCUCUCAGAUCCGAACGCCAAAAUAACCCUAGAAAGCGCGAAGGGUUAGAGGAAACACAAAACCCAGGUUCCAAGCUCGAUCAUUAAUGGCGUCGCCGCAGCAACCUAGCGCUGGAUCUUGCCCUACUGCCCAAGUGGUGGGGAAUGCUUUUGUUCACCAAUACUACCACAUCCUUCAUCAAUCACCCGAGCUCGUGUUUCGAUUUUACCAGGAUACUAGUAAGCUGGGCCGCCCCGAGCCUGAUGGAACCUUGAGUUCCAUAACGACUAUGGAUGCUAUCAAUCAGAAGAUACUCUCUCUGGAUUAUAGCGAUUGUAUAGCAGAAAUUAAGACAGUGGAUGCCCAGGAAUCACACAAUGGUGGAGUCAUUGUCCUAGUGACUGGGUAUCUCACUGGAAAGGAUGGUCUGAGGCGGAAUUUCACGCAGUCCUUUUUCCUUGCUCCUCAAGACAAGGGCUACUUUGUUUUGAAUGACUUGUUUAGAUAUGUUGAGGUGGUUGAACAUCAAGCUGGGAGCGAGAGUUUGCCUAAUGGUGUAGCUGCUCUAACUCCUGAGCAGGAACCUGCUCCAGUUGCUGAGCAAACCUCCACAUUGCGGGAGGAAGAAGUUAACAGUGAGGAAGUGUAUGAUCCCUCAGACAAUGAGGAAGGUUCUGUUGUUGAAGAGGAAGCACCAGUUGCUGAGGUUGUUGAUGAAAUUCCAAACAAUACGCAGAUGGUGGCAGAAUCUAACACUGCUGCCCUAGAAGAGCUGCCGAAGAAAUCAUAUGCUUCAAUUGUGAAGGUUAAGAAAGAGAAUGGAGGGCCUACACCUCCUCCUGCAUGGCAAGCUCCUUCGAAUCAGGAACGAACGGUGGCACCCACUCCACCUCCAGCCGAGGCAGCCGAGGCACCAGUUUCCAGUUCAAAUGCAACUGAUGGUGGCAAUAAUCAGGAGGGAGAAUCUGAUGGUCACUCAAUUUACAUCAAGAAUCUCCCACUAAAUGCUACACCUGCACAACUUGAGGAAGAAUUCAAGAAGUUUGGACCUAUCAAGAGUGAUGGUGUUCAAGUCAGAAGCAAUAAGCAACAGGGAUUUUGUUUUGGCUUUGUUGAAUUUGAAGUGGCAACUGCCGUGCAAAGUGCGAUAGAGCGUUGUCGAAUGGUGGCCAGAGAUGGAGAAGAUGAGGAUCCAGCAAAGAGGGUGCAUGCCAAACAAAGCCGGACUUCCAACUUCCAUGUUCCUCACAUUUCGGAAGCUUCACCCAUUACUAUAGGUGGUCGCCAAGCCGUGGUCGAGGAAAAGCGACCUUCUAGUUCCCGAGUGAACAACAGAGGUCGAUUUCCAUCUGGGAGAGGGAAUGGUUUCAGGAAUGAUGGUGCAAGAGGGCGUGGAAACUAUGGCAAUGGCAGAGGUUAUGGCCGAAAUGAUUUUAAUAACAGGAGCGAUUUUGGAAACAGGAGUGGCAGUGGUAGCAGGGGAGGAUCAUUGAAUCGUGGAGUUGAGGGUGGAAACCAGAGGGCUGACCAUGGUGGGCGUGUGAGCCGCACUGGUGGUCUAGCUGUUAAUGGUUCAGCUAAGAAUGUGGCAUCAAGGGUGCCUGCUCCAGCUUAAUGUUUUCUGAAGGUGUGAAAAAUUGAUCUUCCCUGUUUGUGUUCUGCAGAUUAAAGAUACACUAGUUAGAUGGCAUGUGGAUGGGCAGCCUUUUUCCUUGCCAUUGUAGGAGUUAACAGACGCCAUUUCUUAUUUUUCAAUCAGGACUACUCUUAACCUUUUUUGGUUUGUCCAUCUGGGUAUAAGCGGCACUAGGUAGGUGGUAUAUGGUUAGUUGGUAGAUCUGCUUGUGUAGUGUGUUAUUAAAAUCUUGUAUACCUUUUAACUAUUCUCUGCCCAUUUUUUGUUAUUUUGUAGCUAAUUAUUCUUUUCAUGAAACAUAACAAAAACUCAGGGCAUGUGCCUCUUAAUUUCUUUUAGGAACUCCAUUAAGGCAAUGGGACUUGGAAUAUACUGAAAUUAUUAAUUUCCCAGAUUUGUUUUUGAGGGGAACAAACUGUUGACAGCGACACAGCGCGAUAAGAUAUGUGAUGAGAUUUGUUCUUUUA